AUGACCGUCGCGCAAACGGUCCGCCGGUUCGUAUGGGGCGAUGUCCCCAAGUCGAGGACGGAGCGCACCCUGCUGCUCAAGAUAGACUGCUUCAUCCUCUCAUAUUGUUGUCUUAUGUACUUUUCCAACUAUCUCGAUCGGAGCAAUGUCAACAACGCGUAUGUGUCUGGCAUGAGGGAAGAGCUGCAUAUGGAGGGUACACAGUUCAACCAAAUCAAUACUCUUUUCACCUGUGGAUACAUUGUGGGGAUGAUACCGAACAACCUAAUGCUCCAGAUCGUACCACCACGGAUCUGGUUCCCGGCGAUGCAGAUCGUCUGGGGCGUCCUGACGUUUUGCACUAGCACAGUAACCAACGUGCAGCAGAUUUUUGCCAUCCGAUUUCUCCAAGGGAUCGCCGAGUCGUCCACUUUUGUGGGCACCCAUUACAUCCUCGGAUCAUGGUACAAGUCGGGAGAGCUGGGCAAGAGAUCUGGCAUAUUCACGUCUUCUGGACUUGCGGGUACACUAUUUUCCGGCAUUCUGCAAGCCGCGGUGUAUACGAAUUUGAACGGUGUCUCCGGUCGAAGUGGCUGGCGCUGGCUGUUCAUUAUCGAUGGCGUCAUCACACUGCCCAUCGCGCUGUACGGGUUUCUUAUGUUUCCUGACGUCCCGACGACCACGAAAGCAUUUUAUCUCUCUGACGAGGAACGAUUGCUCUCGUGCGAGCGGCUCGAGACUGAGCAAAAUAAGGAUAUCGGUCACGGUCAUCUGUCUAUGGGUCUCGUUAAACGACUACUGGGAAGCUGGAGGUGGUAUGGCUGCAGUCUCCUGUUCGCUAUAUCUGGCGAAACGGAAAGUUUCGGUUCAAACAACUUAAUGGGUCAGUGGCUAAAGGCCCUCGGAGGUUACACGGUAGAGCAAAUCGACUUCUAUCCCUCCGGCGUCACCGCAUUCGCGAUCGUCUCCACGCUCAUUUGCGCGACCUGGACCGACGCGACGCGCUCGCGCGCGCGCUGGCCGGUGCUCGUGUACAUGUCCGUGGCCUGCAUCGUCGCGUCGAUCAUCCUCCUCGCCCCCUCCUCUCCGCGCGGGCUCGACUUCUUCGCGUGGUACCUGGCGGGCGCGAGCUACGCGGGGCAGGCCACGACGUUCGCGUGGGCGAACCAGAUCUGCGCGGACGAUCACGCCGCGCGUGGGGUCGUGCUCGCAUCGAUGAACAUGUGGAACAACGUCGUGAACGCGUGGUGGCCGCUCGUGUUCUAUCCGGCCACGGACGCCCCGCGUUUCGUCAAGGGUCUGUGGGCGAUGGUUGGGACCAGCAUCGCGACCCUGGGCGUGACGUGGUUAGUGUGGUAUCUGGAGAGGAGGGAAAGGCGGGGGAGAGCGCGCGUGGUGGAAGAGGCAAGUCAGGUGGUGGGGGCCGGGUUAGAAAAGAGAGAGACGAUUGAAGACAAGAAGAGUGUGCGAAGCUCCGAGUAG